CGGCCGACGCGGUGUCUCGAGUGGGCAGCCAGCCGCGCAGUCCGGAGGCGCGCGGGGAUCCUCGCAGCCGGCUGCUGCUGUCGCUUGGGUCUCGGGUGGGGCGGUCUGGCCCGCUGCGGAGUCUCUGGGUGAACGGCGAUCACCUGUGUGUGCGUGCGUGUCUGUGUGUGAGUGUGUGUGUGUCGAACCCGCGCUCAGGACGUGCAGGGAGCGGCGGCCCGGCUCUCGCUGUGUCUCGGCACCAUGGGCUGCACGCUUAGCGCCGAGGACAAGGCGGCGGUGGAGCGGAGUAAGAUGAUCGACCGCAAUCUGCGCGAGGAUGGCGAGAAGGCGGCGCGCGAGGUCAAGCUGCUGCUGCUCGGUGCUGGUGAAUCUGGGAAAAGUACAAUUGUGAAGCAGAUGAAAAUCAUUCAUGAAGCUGGAUAUUCGGAAGAGGAAUGUAAACAGUACAAAGCAGUGGUCUACAGCAACACUAUCCAGUCCAUCAUUGCUAUCAUUAGGGCUAUGGGAAGAUUAAAGAUAGACUUUGGUGACUCAGCUCGGGCGGAUGAUGCCCGCCAACUCUUUGUGCUUGCUGGAGCCGCUGAGGAAGGUUUUAUGACUGCAGAACUUGCUGGAGUAAUAAAGAGAUUGUGGAAAGAUAGUGGUGUACAAGCCUGUUUCAACAGAUCCCGAGAGUACCAGCUUAAUGAUUCUGCAGCAUACUAUUUGAAUGACUUGGACAGAAUAGCACAAUCAAAUUAUAUUCCAACUCAACAAGAUGUCCUCAGAACUAGAGUAAAGACUACAGGGAUUGUUGAAACUCAUUUUACUUUCAAAGAUCUUCAUUUUAAAAUGUUUGAUGUGGGAGGUCAGCGAUCUGAGCGGAAGAAAUGGAUUCAUUGCUUCGAAGGGGUGACUGCCAUCAUCUUCUGUGUGGCUCUGAGUGACUAUGACCUCGUUCUAGCCGAAGAUGAAGAAAUGAAUCGAAUGCAUGAAAGCAUGAAGUUGUUCGACAGCAUAUGUAACAACAAAUGGUUUACAGAUACGUCUAUCAUUCUCUUUCUAAACAAGAAAGAUCUCUUUGAAGAAAAAAUAAAAAAGAGCCCUCUCACUAUAUGCUAUCCAGAAUAUGCAGGAUCAAACACAUAUGAGGAGGCAGCUGCAUAUAUUCAGUGUCAGUUUGAAGACCUCAAUAAAAGAAAGGACACCAAGGAAAUAUACACCCACUUCACAUGUGCCACAGAUACUAAGAAUGUGCAGUUUGUUUUUGAUGCUGUAACAGAUGUCAUCAUAAAAAAUAACCUAAAAGAUUGUGGCCUCUUUUAAGUAUUGCUGUUAAUGAUAAAAUGCAUAUUCAAACCAAAUGAGUACUUCUAUGUGGAUCUCUCUAGAGUCUUGCAGCAACACAGUGUAGUAUAUGGCAAAUGCUUCUGGGACCUGACCAAAGUUCUGUUUUUGUUUUCUCUACUGAAAGUAAUAGGGCCUUUUAUACAUGUAAAAUAGGGUCCUGCUACAUGAAACUGAGGACAGUGUUAAAGCUGGGCUCUAGUGAUUUGAUGAUUUCUGCGUAAGUGUAAAUAUGCAAAUGUAUGUAUACAUAUAUUUAUAAUUUAGUUCAAUUUUUCUUUCAGGUUUUAAGAGUGGCAGCCUAUAAUAAUUCUAGUGUGAUGGCUUUGGGAGUAACAGACAUAUUAAAUACUUUAUACUGAAUGACAGACAAUUGCCAUGUUUCCCGAGUUUUAAACAGCUUUAUGUUUUGUCUUGUAAAUUUCUAAGUACAGUAAUUAAUAUUAGGAAACAUUGCAGCCCUUGAUUAUGUGUAUACUUGUAGUCAUAAAAAUGUUAUUUGUAUAAACAUUGCACAGACUAUUUUAAUAACAUGAUUUGUUCCUUAAAUUUAAUGUUUUAUUGAAAUGUUCUUAAAGCAGAUAAAUAUACCUGGAAUUUGAAUUGUUUAUUUAAAAUUGUAUGCAUAAAUUUUUUCUUUUAAAAGUGCAUGUUAAUUGACUCUACAUUUGAUUUGAAAAGCUAAAUUUUAGAUUUUUGAAAAUAGACUUAUAAAAGAUUUUUAUUCUGUUGUUUUGUUUUCACUUUGAAUUUUAAUAUUUGGAUGGUGUUCAUGCAUUGCCUUAAAGGUGAUGCUGCAUUAAUUUUUAUACAACUUAAAUAAAUAUGUUUUUAUUUAUAACUAAGUUUAGGUGGGUGUUGAAAGCAUUUUUGUGGAUAAAAAAAUGUCAGCAUAAUGAAUUUUGAGACAUUCAUUUGUGUAUUUCCUUUGGGAAAAUCCCUUGUACCUAAAAUUCAUGAUAGUUUUAUGGAAGACAAUAAGAGAGAUCUUAGAAUACUCUGCUACUGAUACAAUGUAAGCUUUAAACUCAUAUAUGUAACUAAUUUCAAAUUUAAUUAUCUCACUAUUAAAAAUUAUUUUCCCAUAGAAUGUUCAUAUUUCAUUUACUUGCUUGACUUUAUAUUAUUUCUUUUAAAAUGAUGCAAUUAUUUUUAAAAAUGAUAUGGAAAAUUAUACUUAGAAAAUCAGUAAUAAUGUUCAAUAAGUCAGUGAUUGUCUGUAUGCUCAAAUAAUUGUUACAUAUUGGCUAGUACUGAGCUUUUCUAGUCCUUUCUUUGGACAAUUCACUAAUGUCUUUCUGUGACCCCGUUUCAUCAAAAUGAACAGCAUUACCCACCAUUCCCUCUCCUUUAUUUCCCAACUUCUGAAAAUGUUAAUGUUUUUGUAAGUUCCACUUGUGAGUAGUUUCUGAGUUUAGUUCUAUGUGCUUUCAUUUUGUGUAUAUGUGUGUAUGUAUGUAUAUGUGUGUGUGUGUGUGUGUGUGUGUAGAUGACCAGACUACAUUGAUAUCUGUUUCAUUUAGGAAAUUUCUUUGUAAUGUAAAAUUUAUCUAACUUUCUGAAAUGUGUUAGCUUAGAUUCUUUAUGUGCCUUUCAUAGAGAUGUUUUCAUUUAUUUACCGAUGGAAUAUCUGUAAUAUCCAUAUUGUGAAAGUAUGUAUGAAAAUCAACUAGACUGAAUAAAUUUGACUCAUGAGAAAAACAGUUUAAAAAGCCACAGAGAAGCACAUAAUUGGUGACCAUCAUUGAUGAAUUCCUGAACUUUGUUCUGUGUACUUGUGUUGCUAAUCCUAAUAAAUUUAAAUUUUUAAAAUUUUAUAA